AUGUCUGCUCCAGAACGACCAGCUAGGCGACCUCAGCGGUCCGAGACCAGCCAGUCACUCGGAGACGUUGAUGCAGAGCCUGUCCAGAGUAGGUCUGAAUCGCCAAAACAACCCAUUGAACCGCCUGCGCGCCCUACAAGCCGGCCCACGCGUCCCCGGCGUGAACCCACUAGCUCCAGCGAAUCGGCAUCUGAAGUGACCCCGGAGCUCCAGCAUGAUACGGAACAGAUUGUUUCAGCUGCACAAUCCAUCAAAAGUGAUACAGAUCACGUCGUUAUGACCGCCCAGGAGGUGAAUCAGGAUGCCGAAACUGUUGUUGCCGAUGUUAAGGGGGUAUCUACUCAGGAGACAGCCAAGGAUGCCGAAAAGGUGGAUCUGCCCCCAAGAAUUCAAAGCAUCAAGGAUGAUAUUCUUCUGCAAGAAAAUAGUGAGUCAGAUGCUGCUAUCAAUAGCGAAUUGAAGCAAAAAACACGUCAAGUCUUGGACACUGCUGCGCACGAAAUUGCUCUAUCUAAGGCUGUCCAAGGACAAGUUACAUCUAAUCUGGAUGAUUUCGAUUUCGUCGCUGCUGGUUCCGAGUCAACUGAGGCAAAUUCAAGUGUGUCUGAGCCUGGAGCACAGUCUCGGCCUGCAGAGUCGAAGGAGCAUGCAUCGUCGGGAGCAUUAGCAGGUAACCCAACUGAUCAGGCAAAGGAGCCACAGGUUGAAUCGAAACUUGACGAGUCAUCAGUUCAAAAGUCAAGCCUCCAUGAAUCUGUGUCCAACAAAGAGCCAGAUGCCGAAAGGUUUGAUGUGAAAGAUAAAAUCGUGGCCCAAACUGAGCUGCCUGAUAAAGGGAUGGGCUCCCAAGAACCAAAUGAAGAGUUGCCAGAAGCUGAGCUUGAAGUUGAGCCCGAAGCUCAUGGAGUAAAGCAAGAGGUUGAGCAUGAGUCUGGGUCUGAAGCUCUUGAAGCAAAACGUAAGUUGAAGUCCCAGCCAGAAGCUCUUGAAGCAAAACAUGAGGCCGAGCCAGAGGUAGUUGAAGAAAAACACGAGGCCGAGCCAGAAACAGUUGAACCAAAGCAUAAGGUUGAGAAUGUGUCUGAGCCGGAGGCUCUUGAUAAAGCUUUGGAACCAGAAACUGAAUUAGAACCCCUUGAUAAAGACCUGAAGACUGAACCAGCACCGUUUGAUAAAGACCUGAAGCCUGAAUCAGAACACCCUGAAAAAGAGCAAGAAUUAGAGGCUGAAUCAAACCCCCUCGAUAAAGAGCUGGAACCUGAAUCAGAACCUCUUGAUGUGCAACCUGUUUCAACAGACGAACCAGAGGAAGCUAAAAUCACCGAGACUGAAUCAAAGGUGGUCGACAAAGAACCAGAGUCUCAGAAUGAAUCAGAAGAGCUUGAUAAAGCACUCAAAUCUCGGGUCAACGCAAAACUCGAUGAAAAGCUCGCCAAGGUCAAGGAAGCCUCCUCUCAAGACCAGAAAGAUGCCGCUGAAACGUUGGAUGUCGAGGAACGAACGUCUAAACCCGAAAAACAGGGCAGCCCGGAUGAUGGGGUUGAUCCGAAACAGAAAGAUGAAAAAUCGCCUGAACCUAAACGCGCGACAAUCAGUGAGCUUGCCCAAAGAUUCAGCUCGGCCGCUGCAACUAAGCCUCCUCCUGAACGUCCUGUCAGACGGCCUAUGCGUAAGAUCACCGACGAUAACAUCGAACCCACAAAGGUCGACAAGUCUGUGUUUGAAAAGGAAACACCAAAAGUGCCUACUAAACCUAAACCGCAGGUUAGUAGUCGUAUUGGCCAGCUAAAGUCGUCAAUCUUUGCUGAUUUGAAUGCAGCUCUGUCCAAGGGACCACCUGGCAGGCGCCCGUCAAAGCCUACCUCAGAAUCGUGCAAUGACGAGGGUGCUGAACCCACCCCAGUACUUGCCGAGGAAGAUGCGGACUCGCAACUUAUAGCUAUGGCACCAACUCCGCGUGCCAGACUUCGGGGCCCCAAACGUCGUCUGCCUGAUGCUGCCAAGGCUAAGUGGUCUACGACAACAAGCCAUUUAUGGACAAUUGAGCAUGUGCCUGAGGCCUCAGAACCUGAUGAUAUGGUUUCACAAGAAGCUAAAGAUAAUGUGAAUCACGGGGAAGAUGAAAAUGCCGCUUCAGCUCAGUUCGAAGAAACAAAUAACGCACUACAAGAGGCCGAGGACUACGCUGAUCCCGUCGAAGUUAUUUCAAAAGAGACUGAGGGACCAGCUUCUGAAGUCGAGCCGAAGUCUAAAGAAACUCAGCACGCGGAGACGAAGUUGGACGAAAAGAAACGAUCCUGCGAUUCGGCAUUGAAAAAGGCUGAGGAGCUCGUUGAUCCAGUUGAAGCUGAAGAGCAUCCUCCUAGAUCUCAUGAGCCAGCAUUAGGUGAAGCUGAAGAUUUCAAGGACUUAGUUGAAGCCUCAAAACCAAGUGAGACCGAUUCUUCAGCAGAUAUGCCUUCACCAACCAAAGGUAAUUCCGAGAAACGUGAUUUAGGAUUGCAGGAGGAUACUGCUCCGUCAGAAGCCGGUACAUCCAUGGAGUUGGAAACUAAAACUUUACCCCAAGAGAGCGAAGAGCCUUUGCCCAUUGAGCCCCUAGAGAAGCAGACAUCUGAGGACGACAAAUCAGGCGAUCUGGCUCCGCAAGAAGCUGAAGUUUCCGAUCGUUCUGCGCAAGAAGCUGGGGUUUCCGAUCGUUCUGUGAAACCUGACAAUGCUGGAUUGUCCGAGUUACCACCUACAAAGCCCGUGAGCUCUCAAUUACAAAGUGAUGAUACUACAGAAACUAGACCUCCCCCUGCUCGACCAAACAGUCGGCCCAAACGCACGGGUGUAGAUGAGCUCGAUGCACGAUCCGAAGACUUACAGAAACGAUUGGCAGCUGCCAAGGAGAAGAUCCGUCAAGCUCGCGAAAGGAAAGCCGCUGGUGGAGAGACCAAAGAAUAG